GCGGCCGCCGCCCCCGGCCCCGCGCCGGCGGCGGCGGGCGAUGCGGAGCGGGGCCCCGGCAGCGGCGGCGGGCCGGGCGCGGACUCCUCCCCCUUCGCCCAUGGCAACGGUUACCAGGAGACGGGAGGCGGUCACCCGAGAGACGGGAUGCUCUACCUGGGCUCCAGGGCAUCGCUGGCCGACGCGCUGCCUCUCCCCCUCGGCCCCCGCUGGUUCAGCUCGCACAGCGGUUUCAAGUGCCCCAUCUGCUCCAAAUCUGUGGCUUCCGAUGAAAUGGAAAUGCACUUUAUCAUGUGUCUGAGCAAGCCCCGGCUCUCCUACAACGACGACGUGCUGACGAAGGACGCGGGCGAAUGUGUCAUCUGCCUGGAGGAGCUCCUGCAAGGGGACACGAUAGCUCGCCUUCCCUGCCUGUGCAUUUACCACAAAAGUUGUAUAGAUUCCUGGUUCGAAGUGAACAGAUCCUGCCCGGAACACCCUUCAGAUUGACCCUGGUGAUGUUCGCUGACCUUUCCCAAGGUCCCCUCCACCAUCCAUCCUUCCCACGUACCCCUUCCCCUCCUCACGAGCUCUGGAACCUGGAACCAACGGGGAUGAGAGUAGGGGGCUCGUGUUGACGCCUCAACUCAAGCCAGGGCAGGCGAGACCCCUGGAGAGGAGCUGCUGCCUUUGAGGGCCGGAUCGUGGCCACCACCAGCCCGGGAAAGAGAGCAGUGCUGCAGCGUCGGCGACCGGCUGCCGCCCCCCCUCCCCGCGCGCCAUGAUGUUUGUUUGGCCGGACCUGCCCGGCCGCGAGCCAAACGGAGCCUGAGAGUCCCUGCUGUCCGGCCCUGCGCCCGCCCGGUGGGUACACCGGUGUCCUGACAGGGCGGAGGCGGGGGACCCCAUCUCUCUCUCCCCCUCAGAACAGGAAGGGGGGCCCUCCCACUCUGCUCAGCCACAACCUGCGGAAGGAAAGGGCAUUUCCUGUUUCUCGAAGGCGUUGUAGGUUUGUCUUUCAAGUGUUUACAAAACAGCCAUUUCGUGUCAACUGAUGUUUGUUCCUGGUGAUGUUUACAAGACUGCUUCCUCUCGGCCUCGUGGCUCCAACCCCUGCCGGGGGCUAGAGCUGAAGACCCCUAGGCCUCUCUCCCUGCGCCCCCGGCCUUGCCCAGGGGACAGCCCGCCUCAUUGCCAAAAGUCCCCCGGCUUUUCCUUCCUCUUGGUCUCGGUUUGAACUCCCCACUCCGGGGCAGCUUUGGGGGCAUCCCGAAUGGUGGUUGCCAUUCCCAAGUGUGCUGCCACAAUGCCCGAAACUCUCUCAGCCCUGUGUGGAAAAUAAGCAGCGAUUUUUCUUAACACACACACACACACACCCCUCACCGAUCCACAUUUGAGCACGAACGGAGACAGAUCCAGCCAUGGGAAAAGCCCCUGCUUCCACCCAGCAGGAAAGGUAUCUGUAUUUAUAUAGUUAAAAAAAAACUUUAAAAAUUACAAAAAAAAACAUUCAAAGCUUGGGAAGAGAUACUUCCCCUAUUAGUCAAGGUGUUUUGAUAUGGUAUUAAAUAAUGUUCAAUAAAAUAGUCACUGUUAUUUUA